AUGUUUGAUCCAUCCAUAUCGGUCUCUUUUGUAAAAGACGGGACAGAAUGGACGCUGGAAAACUGGCAUGGAAAAGUGGAAGGUGUACUGGGCAUCGACAAUGUGCAAAGCCUCAGUGUCGGUGGAGAUUUGGAUACGAUGUCGUCAAACUGCCGUUUUGGAAUGGUCACAAUGAUGAGAAUGCAUGAGAAUUUGCAAGCGGACGGAAUGCUUGGACUUUGGGAUUUUUCCACUCAGCCGUGUAAACCAUUCAUCUAUCAGCUCAAAGGUGAGCGUAAAUCAAACAACUCAAAGCAAGGUAAUACAGUCUUGUUAUACAGUUCAGAAAACAAAUUUGCACCAAAAUUCUGAAG